AUGAGCUACGCCUACAACCUCCAAGCCACUCAGCCGGAUCGCUCUGCCCAUGCUAACGCCGCCGGCCUGAAGCCACCGAGACCUAAAGCCGCGGCGCAUAGACGCGCUCUGGACCCUGAAGACCUCACCAGGCGCCUCCAAUUUGUCAUUGCCGAGCGCAAGGCCCACGAUGACAAGAGACGCAAGUCGCGCAUGGUGCAAUCCUCGGCAAAGACCUUUCGCACGCAAGAGACGAGUGAAGCAAAGUCGCUCCACCGCCGAACACUGACGCUCGAUUCGUCCAAGGAGAGACGCAGGACAAAGGGUGCCGACCACCAUAGUGAGAACAGUCUGGCGGCGCGCUUUCGCCGGCGCGCCUCGAAAACGGCCCUCGAUGAACAGCUCUCGUUGAACCUCGCAUCUUCGGAUGGCCCAUAUGUCCCACGGGUCGCAGCUUCGCAAUUUGCCAACACAACACUAGGAGAAUCGCCCCCGGACAAAUCCCAAAUUCACAGGCUUUCGCGGGCGGCACUCAAAUAUCACAUGGAUGGCAUCAACGGCGACUACCAGGUAGCCUCCACAGCCGUGCCUGGUGCCGCGCCCAUUGAGCAGGCCAAGGCUCUGCGCCGCGCCCAGACCUUGAGAGAGAAGAAUUACGAUCGCAACCAGUUUCAGACCUUCUCCAUGCCUGAAAACUUGGAACCCGUCAUCACGUCGCCGCUGAACCGGCGUCGUAGCAUCUUCACCGCGCAUCACCCGGAAGAGAAGCAGCUUCGCGCAUCUCGCCGCAAGAGCACCGGAAGCUUCGUUGGCACCGAUACGUCGCCCCGGUGCUCCGUCUUCCUGCCACCGAUGAACGCCACGGAUUUGGCAACCGUCGCCGAAGCGCAUCGAGUCGAUUGGACCCAGAGCGACGAGGUGGCCGCCAAUUCACCGCCACGUCCCAAAUCUACCUCGCCGGCGCAAAGCGAGUCCAAGUGGAGUUUUCGCGGCCGUCUCAACAGCUUGCACAGAACCAAGGAGGAAAAGAGCCCCUCGCCGCCGAUCGAUGCCGUGGAAGUGCCAAAAUCGCCCAUAGCAGCCUUCUUCGCUCGGUUCAGGCGGUAA